AUGUCAAAAGUCGUCCAACCUGUCCGUAACUGGGCUCGCAGGCUUCGAGGGGCAUUCGACUCUAAGGAGGCUUUCAUCCAGUACAUCCACACGGAGGGAAACGCUCAUCGGCUGCACUCAUGGACGAACGAGGACCUCAAACCUUCCCCGCCGCACAUGAUCAACUGGCGAUGGUACAACUUCUGCCUCUUCUGGUUUGGAAUAGGCUUUGGAAACUGGACAUUGGGCUCGAGUUUGGUUGGUGCCGGCCUUUCGUGGUGGCAGGCAACCAUCGCUGUCUGGAUCGCUGCUUUCGUCUCCGGAGCUUGCAUGGCUUUCAACUCUCGCGCAGCCGCUAACUAUCAUGUCGGCUAUCCGGUCAUCCUUCGUACCUGCUUCGGGAUGUACGGACACUACUGGCCCGUUCUCGCCCGUGGAAUAUGUGCUUGUGUGUGGGUGUCUGUCCUCUCCUUCCAGGGUGGCAACUAUAUCUCCACCAUGCUCAACUGCGUCGUUGGCAAGAAAUGGAACAAUCUUCCCGUGCAGUUCCCUGAGUCCUUGGGCACCACUGUUCAGCAAUUCAUCGGUUUUGUCAUCUUUUGGGCCCUUGAGUUGCCCUUCUGUUCGAUGAGGCCGACAAAUUUGCGAUGGUUGUACACGUUCAAAGCGUGGACUCUUCCGCCGUCCGUCUUCGCCCUUCUCAUCUACUGCCUUGUUCAGAGCAAAGGCGAAUUGGGCUCAACUGCAGCGUUGGCCGGAACGACUGCUCUCCCCCGGGGUUCCGCACUCGCGUGGCUAUGGGUCAGCUCCAUUAACUCCUGCAUGGGUAACUGGUCGACAUUUAUCGCGAACAUGCCUGAUUUCUCGAGAUAUGCACAGAAUCCCGACGCGGUACUUUGGACGCAUAUUAUAUUCGUGCCGUUCCCCGCUGCCAUUGGUGGAAUGAUCGGUAUCUUUGGCACUGCUGCGCUUCAGAAAGCCUGGGGGGUGACGAUCUGGAAUCAAUGGGACGUCUACGAUGCGAUGCUCGAACACUCUUGGAAUGGCCCGAUACGCUUCUUCGUUUUCCUGCUCGCGUUCUGCUCUGGACUAUUCAACUUCGGCGCUAUCAUUGGCGCGAACUUGCUCCCCUUCGCCAGCGAUAUCACUGCGCUCGUACCUACGUACUUUAACAUCCCGCGCGGGAUGUGGUUCUGCGCGCUCCUCGCGCUCCCUCUGCAACCGUGGAAGAUCCUUGAGUCGGUAGAUGGUUUCCUCGCGUUCCUCGAUGGGUACGGUAUCUUCAUGGGUCCCACCGCGGCCAUCAUGAUUACAGACUACUGGAUCGUGCGCAAGGGCAACAUCAAGAUUAUGGACGCGUACAGCUCAAAGCCCGGCGCGACAUACAUGUACUUCCACGGCUUCAACUUGAACGCAUUCUUCGCGUAUUUCUGCGGCAUGAUCAUCCCUUUCACCGGCUUCGUCGGGACAUUUGGCGUCAAGGUCCCUCUGGCAGCGACGCGGCUGGACUCGAUAGGCUGGUACCUCAGUGCCGUCGUUGCUGGCGUGUUGUAUGUCGUAUUGUGUAAGAUUCGCCCUCUAUCCAACAUCGACCCGAGCAUGCCUCGCGAGCAGCUCGCGCGCGAAUUUGCGGCGUCGCGUCUUGUAGAGGAGACCCAGGAGGAUGCGGCUAGCAGCGUUGAAGACGAGAAGAUAAUGGAUGUAGAGGAGAAGACGCCUAGCUAUGUCGUGUCGUGCGAGCCGGUGCUGGACGUGUAA